AUGCUGUCCAUGCUCAUGUGGCCGGCCUUCGGCCUCCUGGCCUGGACGCUGUACUGCAACUUCUGCCUCUUGCAAAACUAUCUGAUAGCUCGCAAGAUCGGCGUACCUGUGCGCGUCAUUCCUAUUGACCAUAUCAACCCCCUGUGGAUGCUGGUGGACAAGAAGGUCCUGUCACUUAUUAAGAAGGUCCCGGGCCCCUUGGGCAACAAUAGCUUUACACGGUAUAAUUUUCGGACAUUCGAGAUGUACGACCGUUGCGACUCACAUCAUGAGAUGGGUGAUGCCUUCAUGAUCGUGACGCCGAGACGGAACUGGCUCUACCUGGGUAAUCCCGAUGUCAUCAUGGAAAUGUUCCGGCGACGAUCCGAGUUUCCACAGUGCAUCGAGCUUACUGAAAUGCUCGAUGUCUUCGGGAAGAAUCUGGGCACCGUGGAGGGCCAGCAGUGGAAGACCCAGCGCACGAUGAUCGCUACUUGUUUCAACGAGCCAAACAAUGAGAUCGUCUGGUCUGAAAGCCUGACGCUCGCUCGUGAUAUGCUGAAGUACUGGACUGGGAGACCGUCCAUCACAACUUCUGCCGAUGAUCUCCGUUCGCUUUCUCUGCACAUUCUCGCUUCGGCUGGUUUUGGAAAAUCAACGAAGUGGGAAAGCCCAGAAGAGAGAACCAAGAAUAGUGUUUCUGGCGACUACAAGGAUUCUCUCCAACUCAUUCUAGAGAAUUGCAUUCUCAUCAUGGCCAUCGGACCAAAGUUCCUAUCCAAGGCGAGGCCCUGGCUCCCAAAGUCAUGGAAGCUCGGGAUCCUGGCCGACAGGUGCGCCGUCUUCCAGCGCUACAUGACGCAGGUCUACGAGGAAGAGAAGUCCCAGGCCCGGCUACAGGCGGGCUCGGCGGCGGCCGCCCCCAAGACGCUGAUGAGCUCGCUGGUCCGCGCGUCGCAGGAGGAGGGGGCCAGGAGCGGCGCCGGGCUGACGGAGAGCGAGAUCUACGGCAACAUGUUCAUGCUCAACUUUGCCGGCCACGACACCACCGCGCACACCUUCACCUUCGCCAUCCACUUCCUGGCCGCGAACCCGGCCGUGCAGGACUGGGUCUCGGAGGAGGUCCGCGCCGUGCUCGGCGGCGAGGACCGCGGCGGGUGGGACUAUGCGGCCCACUUCCCGCGCCUCAGGCGCUGCUUCGCCGUCAUGCUCGAGACGCUCCGCCUGUACACGCCCGUCCCCGUGGCCAAGUGGACGGACAAGGGCACGGCGUCGCUGGAUGUCGGGGGGAAGACGAUCGUUGUCCCGCCCAACACCAUGGUCAUCCCCAGCUACGCGGCUGUUCACACGGAGCCCAAGUACUGGGGCUCGGACCCGCUCGUGUGGAGGCCGUCGCGCUGGAUUCAGGAGGGCGCGGCGGCACCCGGCCAGGAAGAAGUAAUCAGCCCAAAGAAGGGAACCUUUCUGGGUUGGUCUGAGGGGGGGAGGGACUGCCCCGCCCGUAAGUUUUCACAGGUCGAGUUCGUGGCUACGGUGGCGACCUUGCUGCGGGACUGGAGGGUCGAUCCGGUGCAGCUGGAUGGGGAGAGCCCGGAUGAUGCGCGGAGGAGGGUGCUGAACUUGAUCAAAGAGGAUUCUGGACCUGUCCUGUUGCUUCAGAUGUUGCACCCCGAACGUGCUUCUCUAGCAUGGAAAAGGAGGUGA